AGAGCCCGCCGGGGCGGGAGUGGAAGCCAGAUCCCGCUCUUUCGUUUUCGUUUCCCGGAAGGACAGCGAUCACCCGAGCGCCCUGUGAGCCUGCUGGUCCGGGGAACCCGAGGGCGCACUGCCCGGCACUUCUCCAAAGAGGUUUCCUCCUCCUCGCCUUCCAGUGCCGGGGCCCGUUGUGGGGGGGUGGGAAGGAGGGCCCGAGAGCGCCCAGGGCCGCGGCCGGGGGGACCCUCACGACGGCCGGCCGGCGGCUCUCCCACCUCCACCUGUAAUGCAGGAGGGAGCAUUGGCCAGCUCUUCUGUGAGCCCCGAGGCAGCCACACCACCCCCAGGAGCCCAGGCCAGAUGUGAAGCUAGAAUGAACUUGCUGGGUGAAGGGGAAAUCUGCAAGUUGCCAGGAAGACUCCGCAUCCAGCCGGCACUCUGGAGCAGGGAGGAUGUACUGCACUGGCUGCGUUGGGCAGAGCAGGAGUACUCUCUGGAGCGCACUGGGGAGCAUGGAUUUGAGAUGAAUGGCCGAGCCCUCUGCAUCCUCACCAAGGAUGACUUCCGGCUUCGUGCACCUGGUUCAGGGGACGUCCUGUAUGAGCUGCUCCAGUACAUCAAGACCCAGAGGCAAGCCCUGGUGUGUGGGCCCUUUUCUGGAGGGGCCUUGAGGCCGAAGAUGCCCACUCAGCACUACCCUUGCCUCCUGAAAGAGGGGACCGGGCCCCCUCAGUUGGCCCCCCAAAGGGAUCUCCUGCAGCAGCCAUCACACCUGGGGCCUGCCAGCUUCUUGAGCCCCCUGGCUAAGUGGCCCCUUGGCAGGGAGGAGUCCCUCGAUGUAUUUCACUGUGCGGAGCUGGGCUUCAAGGCUGAGGGAGACUGCUCCUCCCCCACGAUGCCACAGGCCCCCAUUGAUGGCAGGAUCUCUGACUGCCGGCUGCUGUGGGAUUAUGUGUACCAGCUGCUCUGUGACACCAGGUAUGAGCCCUACAUCAGAUGGGAAGAUAAGAACGCCAAGAUCUUCAGAGUUGUGGAUCCAAAUGGGCUUGCCAGACUCUGGGGAAACCAUAAGAACCGGGUGAACAUGACCUAUGAGAAGAUGUCACGUGCCUUGCGCCACUACUAUAAGCUGAACAUCAUUAAGAAAGAACCUGGGCAGAAACUGCUAUUCAGAUUUCUGAAGACACCCAGGAAGGUCAGCCAGGACAAGGGCAGCCACCUGGAACAGCCAGAGAGCCAGGAGCAGGACAGGAUGGAUUUCAAGGAGGAGAUGCUGGAAGUCUCUCCGUGAGGGGCAGGUGGAUUCUGGGCACCAAGCAGUGACAGGCCAGAAACUGAGUCUCCCUUGAAGGCAGCUAGCUGCAUGGUGGUCUCCGCCUUCCUCCCGGAGCAGCAGGGGUCCCUGACGGGGGUUUUGCACUCAUGAGAUCCCAGCUAUUGUCCCAGACCUCAAAGCUGCCUGCCCACCUGGGAGGUGAGAACUGGGGGGGCCGGGGCGGGGGACGACGACUUACAUUCAGGGCAUCAUGGUGGGCAUCAUCCUUGGGUAGGGCAGCCCCGGAGCUCAGUGGGGCACCGGGUGUGAACCCUCUCUGCCCUACCCCUUGUUACCUGCCCGGCUUGGGAGAGGUAGCGGGGCACUGAGAGGGCAUCCGGCCCAGCUCCAUCAACUUACAGAAGAAGGAAGCAGAGGCCCCUCACUGAGCCUUAGUUUAUAAAGGGGACAUGCUCUUGAAAACCUGCCCUCAGGGGGCUGAUGCUGGCCUGCGAGAAAGGAACACUGCUUCAUCAGUCUUAGUAAUAGCAACAGAAGAAUGCUAACUGACAUGUAAGCGCUCACUACAUGCCAGGCCUUGUGCUACGGUUCCUACCCACAUUUUAUCUCAUUCAAUUCACCCUCCAAACCUCCAAGGCUUAAAGAUGGGGAAACAGAGGCAGAGGCUUACAGAGCUGGGAAGUCUCUCCAGAAGGCAGCACUGUCACUUGGCUUGUGCGUUUGUUUUAGUGACUCUGCGUGUAUGGGGCACUUUACUUAAGCAGAAGCCAUGGCCCUGCCUCUCUGCCCUCAGUGUCUCUGUUGAGUGGUUCAUCUCACUUGGCCCAACCUUCUUUCCUGAGGUUUCAGUCCUCUGGUGACACUAUGACUUUGGCCCAGUGGAGAUUGCCACUGCCCCCUAGUAUCUGUGGUUUCCUGUGCUCCUGCUCCUGGACCUGCACCUGCCAUGUGACCUUGGGCAGGUGGUUUCCCCUCCCUGGAACCUCAGGCUUCUCACCCAUAAAAUGCAGGUGAUAUUCUGAGCUGACCUCACAGGAUUGCCAGAAAUCUCCAUACGACAACAUUGGUGACAACAUUGGUGACUCCACAAAUCCCAAACUACUCUGAAGCUUGAAAAUGCCUCUGCGCUAUGGGUUCAGCUUUUCUUCUAUUCUCCCCAACGCCCCUAGGAGCGGCUGGAGGCUUGGGAGGGGGUCAGAACCUCUGCCCUGUGACCUCCUCCAGUAAGGUUUGGGGGAGAAAGGGAAGGGAUGUUUUCACUUCACUGAAAACAGAACUUCUUGGAUUCACAUCUUCUUUCUUGGUAGGAGGAAACCUCUGCCUCUCACCCCCUGGGCAGGUCAGGAAAUCCCCAGCCUGAGCUGGCUUUGAGUCACCACACAGAAGCUGAGAAGGAUUCCUGGCCUUUGGCACUCAGAGCUUGAUCACUCAGGAGCAGGGCUUCUGUCCUGGGUUAGUCCCGUCCCGGGCCUCGACUAUUCCACACCAGAAGUGGCCGGGCCACAGCAAGGUGGCCUUGGCAAAAAGGCUCAAUAUGGAAAUCCUUGGCCUCUUUCCUCUUCCUUGAGACGGUUCCAUCUCCUCCGCUUUGGACCAGGAUGAACCUGUGCUCCAGAGCGUUUCUCAGCAUCUCUAACCCAGAACUCCACAAUUGGACGGGGAAAGACUGUCGAAACCCCCCUUGUCCAGCCCCUCCUUUUAUUGAUAAGGCAACUGAGGCCAGAGAUGGUGGUGGCAGGGUGGGUAACUUGCUCAAGGACAAACAGCUCAGCCUGACUGACUCCUAACGUUGCCUCAUAAGUCACUUCUUCCAGGUACAAUGUUGGCAUUUGCCUGGCGUUUGUUAAUGGUUGUCAACAGCUGUGUGUCCCAGGGAAUAUGUCUCUACCCAAGGCAAUGAAUCUCACCCAGUGCUGGGGCCACAGGGGCCUGGCCUAGGACAGACUCUUCCACCCUAGAGCCCAGAUCCUUGGCCUCCCCACUCAGCCCCAGGGGAAAGUCCACCUUUUCCCCACCUCCCCAUGCAUGUUAGGCCCGGGUCUGGGAUGUAUACUUGGGUGCCAGGAAUAAAAAGAUCCAUUCAGCCCUUCCCUCCACCAACAUUAAUUGAGCACUUGCUGUGUACCUGGAACUAGGUGAAGCUCUGGGUUUACAACCAUUUUUGGCACAGAUUCCCGAAAAGUGAUGGGUCACUGAAAACAUGUCAAAACGGAUUUCCUCACAGAUAAUUUUCAAAAGCAAGAGAUACAUUCUCAUAGUUUGAAAGAAGAGCCAGCCAUGUCGGUCUU